AUGCAGACUCCACACGAGGAGUUCUCCUUACCUCUGGGCGCGAAGAUGCAUGCUUCUGCGUCCUCUACCGAGCAGCGAAGACCUUCUUGGCAGUCCCGGCGACGAUCAUCCAUCCGCUCUGGAAACUCUGGACAUGCUCUUUCGUCACGGCACUCAGUCUCGUCUGCCAAUGCACGCAAUGCUUCGUCGCAGCAGCAGCAGCUUGAACAGGAGCAGCUUCGCCGUGCUUCGCUUUCAGCAUCUACGCAGUCAUCCCAGUCCAAAUGGUGGCGGAUUCGUUUCUUCCGUGGCAUGAUGAAUGAUGUCAAGCGUAGAGCGCCGUAUUAUUGGAGUGAUUGGACUGAUGCGUGGGACUAUCGUAUUGUGCCCGCUACGGUGUACAUGUACUUUGCUAAUAUCCUUCCCGCCCUGGCUUUCUCGUUGGAUAUGUUUGAAAAGACAAACCAGAGCUUCGGCGUUAAUGAAGUCUUGCUUGCGUCUGUCCUCGGCGCCGUCGUGUUUUCUGUCUUUGCUGCUCAACCAUUGGUCAUUGUUGGCGUUACUGGUCCGAUUACCGUGUUCAACUAUACUGUUUACGAUAUCAUCACUCCGAGGGGUACGCCUUACCUGGCCUUUAUGUGUUGGAUCGGAAUCUGGUCAUUGAUUAUGCACUGGGCUCUUGCCAUUACAAACGCUUGCAACGGACUCACCUAUGUCACCCGAUUUUCGUGUGAUAUUUUUGGGUUCUACGUUGCAUUCAUCUACCUUCAAAAGGGUAUCCAGGUUCUAACUCGCCAAUGGGGUGCCGUUGGGGAGACUUCGGCAUAUCUGGCUAUCAUGGUGGCGCUUCUCGUCCUCAUGGUAGCUUGGAUCUGUGGAGAGUUGGGCAAUAGCAACCUCUUCACGCGAUUUGUUCGGAAAUUCUUGGAGGACUAUGGUACCCCGUUGACAAUUAUUUUCUUCACUGGCUUCGUGCACAUUGGACACAUGCGGGACGUGGAUGUUUCUACCUUGCCGACGAGCAAGGCUUUCUUCCCAACGCUCGACCGACCCUGGCUGGUGCAUUUCUGGGAUAUUGAUGUUGGCGAUAUCUUCUUGGCCAUUCCAUUCGCCAUUCUUCUGACAAUCCUGUUCUACUUUGAUCACAAUGUCUCGUCUCUCAUCGCCCAAGGCACGGAGUUCCCUCUUAAAAAGCCCGCUGGCUUCCACUGGGACAUUUGGCUUCUCGGUCUUACUACCUUUGUUGCCGGAAUUCUUGGCAUUCCCUUCCCCAAUGGACUCAUUCCCCAGGCGCCUUUCCACACUGCUGCUCUCUGCGUCACCCGCCAAGUAGCCGAUGAAGAUGACACAAACAAGGGAAAGGCCAUCCGAGUUACCGACCACGUGGUAGAGCAGCGAGUCAGCAAUCUUGCUCAGGGUCUCUUGACUCUGGGCACGAUGACCGGUCCCCUCCUCAUCGUUCUCCACUUGAUUCCACAGGGCGUCAUGGCUGGUCUCUUCUUCAUCAUGGGAGUCCAAGCUCUCCAAGGUAAUGGCAUUACCCAGAAAUUGAUCUUCCUCGCCCAAGACAAAGACUUUACGCCAGGAUCCAACCCCUUGAAGAGGCUUGACCGUCGCGGAGCUAUCUGGGCGUUUGUCAUUGUCGAGCUAAUUGGCUUCGGUGCCACAUUCGCUAUCACCCAGACCAUCGCUGCUAUCGGUUUCCCCGUGAUCAUUCUCCUGCUUAUCCCAGUUCGAUCUUUCCUGUUCCCGAUGUGGUUCACUCGAGAAGAACUGAACGUUCUGGAUGCCCCUACUGCCAGCCCUUUCACUAUGGAAAGUGUUGGCGGUACUCAUGGGUUGGAAGAAGAGUCUGCAGAUUUGGCGGCUACGGGGGUAGAAAUUCCCUCAAGCGGUGGUAAUGGAGUUCUCAGAGGCCGACCAUCUUCGUCCUCGGAUUCUGCGUUUGAGGAGGAUGAUCUAGAGAGAGGAGAGGCAUACGAACUUCAAUCGACCCUUCAUCGACGCAGCAGUCACAGUCGCGUUGACUAA